AAGCAGAGUGCACAAAUGCCAAGCAAUGACCUCACUGUCAACACUGCUCCCAUUCUGAGCUUUGGCCACUACUUCCGCGUGCCCUGACUGGAACAUGCAAGAACACUCCUUUGGCCUCCAACAUUCUCACUUGAAAGGUGCCGCUGAUGUCAGAAGGACACGUCCUCAAGAGAAGGACGCAAAAAGGCAGAGCUGCUGGAAGAAGAACACACAUCCUAUGACUAGCAACACUAUGUGAUGCAAGAGCUGCAUGCUGCACAGUGCUGCCAUGCGCAGAGGCUCUUUCCAAGCCCUCAGGCACUCACACAGCAGCAUAAAAGCCGGCCCUGUGCCUCGCUCCCUCACACCACUCUCCUGACUCCUUCUUCUCUGCAAACGUCCAGGUGAGCCUGCACCCCUCCACGGCCAUCCUUCACCUGCCCCACCUGACCCAGCUCUCCACACUCCAUCAACCCCCAGCAUCAGUAGCCUUCCUGCUUCCCCACGGCCACACUGCCCACAGCUCCACAUCACGCCAACCCGCUCCCUGGGAAACCCACACCACUGCUUCUCUCCCCACUCAGCACCCUCUGAUCACACAACAUCUUCUCUUCCAGAGACCCUCCACCCCACAGCCAUGUCCUGCUACGACCUCUGCCGCCCCUGCAGUGGGGGACCCACCCCGCUGGCUAACAGCUGCAACGAGCCCUGUGUCAGGCAGUGCCAGGACUCCCAGGUCGUCAUCCAGCCUCCCGCCGUGCUGGUCACCCUGCCGGGACCCAUCCUCAGCUCCUUCCCCCAGAACACCGCCGUCGGAUCCUCCUCAUCCGCUGCCGUGGGCAGCGCCCUCAGCGCCCAGGGAGUGGCCAUCUCCUCCGGCGGCUUCGGCUUCGGAGGCCUGGGCUGCUUCAACGGCGGCAGAGCCCGCUACCCCUGCUAAGGGCCUGCGCCCACACCCUCACACCAACCACCUGCACCCUGCAAGGCGCCUCACGCACUGACCUCACGUCUCUGUGUCACCUAUGGCCCAAGGGAUCACCAGCCAUGGCUCCUCUUUUCAUGGCA